CUGUCGGAACUGAAAAGAAAAAAAAGAAAAAGCCACGUGGGCGUUGAGUUCCGGAGUCCUUUGCAGGAAGGGGAAAACCCAGCGGCUGAAAACAGAAGAGGUGAAAUUUGACUCUUUCUUUGGCGCGAGGGAGCCAUGGCUGCUGCUGCUGCUGCAGGGAGUCCCGUGCAAGAUCUCUGCGACGAAGCCACUUGCUCCAUCUGCCUGGAGUAUUUCAAGGAUCCAGUGACCACCGCAGAGUGUGGGCACAACUUCUGCCGGUCCUGCCUGGUCCAGUGUUGUGGGGCGAGAGGCAGGCAGGCCUCCUGCCCUCAGUGCAGAAAAACAGUCCAGAAAGGGAAUCUCAUCCCAAACCGGCAACUGGCUCACCUUGUGGAAUUGAUCAAGAAGCUCAGUCUCGAAAGGGAGGAGGAGGAAGGACGGAAGGGGGGAGUCUGUGAGAAGCACCAGGAGCCCCUGAACCUCUUCUGCGAGGACCAUGAAAGUCCUAUCUGUGUGGUGUGUGAGAAAUCCAAGAUGCAUGAAAAUCACAAGGUGAUUCCUCUGGAGGAGGCUUUCGAGGAAUACAAGGGACUGAUUUGCAGCCGCCUGGAGAUUCUGAUGAAAGAGAAAGAGAAAAUUAUGGCCUGUCAAGCAGACCUGGACAAGGAAAGCCAAGACCUUCUUAAAUUAACAGAAACCGGGAGGCAGAAGACAGUGGAGAAAUUCAGACAACUGCAGCAGUUUCUCAAAGAACAAGAAAAACACCAUCUGGAUCAUAUAGAAGAGGUGGAGAAGGAGGUUGCAAGGAAAAGGAAUGAGCAGCUGGCCAGGCUCUCCAGGGAACUUGCCCAUCUUGAAAAGGUGGUCCAGGAAAUGGAGAAGAAGCGUCUGCAGCCAGCAAACGAACUCCUGCAGGAUGUGAGGAGCACCUUGCAGAGGUAUGAGAAAAGAGAGACAUUGGUGAAUCCACUGGCUUUCCCUCCAGAGCUGAAGGGGAGAAUCUCAGAAUUCUGUGAUAUAAACCCUCUCCUGGAGGAUCUCAUGAAGCAAUUCAAAGACGCUCUGUUACUCAGAGAACAGCUUCAAGAAGAGGUUCUGUCAUUCGGAAAACCUCAGAAAGAAGGACAGCAGAGAGCGGCAAUGGAAGGUCAGGACCCAGCGGGGGCUGGGGCAGCGGAGCCAAGAGACCCCCUGAAUGAACUCCAGCAAUACAGCUGGCAGCUGGAAUCACAAUUAGAUACAUUAGCAGGAGCCCUGGGAGAACAGAGAUUGCACCUAGAGGCAGAGAGGACUCUCAGAGCAACAAAUGUCACUCUGGAUCCAGACACAGCCUAUCUCAGGCUCAUCCUGUCCGAGGAUCGGAAAAGUGUGAGACUGGGAGAUAAAAGGCAAGCCCUGCCCGACAAUCCUGAGAGAUUCAACAAUUGUACUUCUGUGUUGGGACGUGAGGGAUUCACAGCAGGCAGACAUUUCUGGGAGGUCACUGUGGGAAGCGAGGGAUGGUGGACUGUGGGGGUUGCCAGGAAGUCUGUGAAGAGAAGGAGCUUUCUUCCCUUCAGUCCUGAGGGAGGAAUCUGGGCUGUGGAGAAGUCUGAAAGCAAGUACUGGGCCUGCACCUCCCCUGAUGACCCUCCUCUGUCCCUGAGUGGGGACCUCAAGAGGAUCCGGGUGACUCUGGACUAUGAAGAGGGACGUGUGUCAUUUUUUGACGCUGACUCAGGAGCCGAACUCUACACGUUCUCAGGAGCCUCGUUCUCUGGAGAGACUCUCCUCCCAUUCUUUUGUCUGGGUGGAGGUAAAACUCAGCUCAGUAUCUCCUGAAGACACUAUAUUUGCCUCACAGGCCCAGCAGAAGUUUCUCUCCUGACCAGAAUGACUGAUAUAAAACCAGCAUUUCCCUCUCAAGAGCAUUUUUUGGCAGCUUUUCUGGGACCCUUUGAGAGGAUUCGUUCUAGUCACAAUUGGCACAAGCAACAAAACAAACAAAAAUUGGUUCUUUUCCCUUCCCUUUCCCGGAAUUUACUCUGCAGCGGAGUUUUUUAAGAAAAAGAAACACCUGAACAUUCCCAAUAAAUAAUCUUUUCCCUCAAAAGCCUCCAUCACUCGAUUGCUGUUAUCUAUCUUCAUUAAGCAUUAGCAAUAAAUAAAGAAGUAAAUGAAAGGAAACAAAUAUUCAUUAGCUAGGAAUUCAAUCCCAACUGUGUCAGUGAGAGCACCAAAUUUUGGAGAGCUCUGGGCGGGAUGUGGAUUUUGAUUGGCCUUAUUUCUUAUUUGUGGUAAACAACUAAGAAGAAGAUUAAAAUUUAAAAAGAAGGAAUCCGCUAUUCAGAAAUUAUCUGGGCUGGGUGAAAAUGAGGUGGCCAAAUUCACUGAGGACUUUCAAUGGUCCAAGGUGUGGAAACUAGAAGGGAUUGAUUGUGAGGAUAUUUCCAAACUGACUAAAUGGACAUAAAAAUAUCUAAAUGGUAAGUAAUGAAAUUUGGGGCAGAAGCUCCUAACUUCACUUAUAAGGUAAUGAUGACUGAAGGUGGGGGGUGAGUGUGGAGGAAGCUUUUGAGGCCAUUCUUUGUGUGCCGCCUCCUCAAAGGCCCGGAGGAUGGCAACACAUGAAUGGGCCUUUUCUGCAGUGUCUCCCCUCCUCUUGGAGGAGGAGUCCGGGAGGGCAAGAGUUAACACCCCUCUGCCCUUAAGGAGAGUCCAUAUGUACAUGUUUAACAGUUUAAUAAAUUGUUCUGUGCACACUUAUCUUCAGCAAGAUGGGAACAUGAGCCCAAAUAGUUUCAUGUGGCAAGCGAGGGAGCCAUAUGCAUUAUGACUCAGGAGCCGAACUCUACACGUUCUCAGGAGCCUCGUUCUCUGGCGAGACCCUCCUCCCUUUCUUUCGUCUGUGGGGAA